AAUAUGCAAGAAUAUCGUGUUAGGUUUAGACCAAGCCCAGACUGUGCGAGACUUAUUUAUAGAUUUAUAUGUUGUUAAGGGUUCCGUAGCGGACAAAUGGAACCAUUAGUUUAUUUGUGAAGUAUAAUAUGGCCAAUAAUAUAAGUUUGGAUCAAAGAAUAUAAUUGGUUUGGAUCCUUUGAACAGUACAUCCGAACUUCGACCCACAGAAAAAAAAAACUAAAUGUCACUAAAACUAGAACAUUGAGGUUAUGUUUGUUAUUGAUUUAAUUUUGUGAUUGUAAAUUUUGGAAUCCUUAACGAAAUAACAUUGUAUAUCCAUCAGAAAGUUCUUAAUACAUUUAAUAUGUCAGAUAUGGAGGAACCACCAAUGAAAGUAUUAAAAAUGGAUGUAGCACCAUCGUCCCUGGACUCUACCAUGGAGGGUCAGGAGGAGGGCCAGGAGGAGUGGCUGAGUGAGGGGGUCCUCACAGAUGAUGACUAUAUGGCGGCUAAUUCAAGUCAAGAGCAACAGCCAGACGCCAACACCACAGCGGAGUCUUCCCAGAACCUGGAGCUGGAACCCCAGCAGGUGGUGCGUGAAGCCAACAUCACUAUGGAACAAAAUAUUGAAGAAACACUUAACAACUUGGAAGGCAUGGAGAGUUCUAAGUUGAGUCCCAACACCAUAGCGGAGCCAGUAGAGAGCUUGGAACAAAAAACCGACAGUCAGCCGCUUGAAAGUAUCCUACAGCAGAACAUCGAAGAGUCACUGAACAAUUUGGAAGGCAUGGAGACUUCUGCAAAGCCGAGUCAAGAGCCAGCCAGCGCUAUGGAGUCGGAGAGCCAAAAACAGCAUGAGGACCUCGAAACAGUCAUGCAGCAAGAUAUAGAAGACACAUUGAAUAAUUUUGAAGGAGUUGAGACUGCUCCUAAGGAUGAGUUCAACCAUCUGAAGAACCCUAAAGACAGCGAACCCUCACACUCGGAGCACAGUGAUGAUGGCCACAACACAGAUGAGCUGCUGCGCAUGUUGGGCGAAGACGACGGCGCGAAGAAAAAAGUGCUCACAACAAUUCGUGAAAAGAACGCCCGACGCGCCGCCCGCUCCAGCGAGGAAGACUACUUUUUAGAGGGGGCGAAAGUGACCAAGUUGAAAGUGGCCAAAAACGCCAUCAUACGGACACAGCCGGUAAAGGCCGAGCCCGAGAACUUCAGCGACAGGGACAGCGAUAUGUCCGACGACGAAGGAAGCACAGUGAAGAGAAUGUUUACUUCCAAGCCCCGCCCGACCGUAGGACGAGCGCUGAAAUCAUCGUCAUACACUAAAGUUAAAACUGAGAAACCUGCACCCACCCCCGUGAAGCAGUACACCAACACUAGCAAGAACAAAUCACUUCUCAAGCCAAAAAAGGAGCACCCGGAGAUCAUCAACGAAGAGGAAUUCUUGGAGGACGACGACUUUGACCUUGACGAGGAUGUCGGCGAAGAAUGGCAACCCGACGACGAGGACGUGACGACACUGACGACAACCAAGUCGCAGCCGAUCCGGCGCCCCGAGCGGAUGGAUGAGGAGAUACCGAGCGACGACGACAGCCACUCUGAGGACGACAGCUUGUAUGACGUUAUGCCAUCUUCAGACUCGGAUGAUAUGGACGAUUGGUUCACAUUGGACAUCCGUGCCGAGCGCGCGGGCGACUACUUGCCUUGGCUGGGUGACAAAGCGCACAAACUCCUAACCGAAGAGAAGCACCGCGUGUCGUCUCGCCUCGCCGCCCUGCGCCAGAGCAUGACAGCACUACAGAGCAGCGGCCGCGUGCAAAACGACCAGAUCAAGGUCGCCACCGAGGCGCUACAUGAACUCGAUGCUAUGUUAGCUGCCGCUUGAUUUAUGUGAGCCUGGUACUUCGAUAGUAAAAUGUGUCUUGUUAACUUGGUUUUGCGACUCAAUUUGCUGUAUAAAAAAUACUUUGUUCAAUAUGAUAUCAGCUGUUUAUUGUACUACUACAUUACUGGUACUUCGAUAGUAAAAUGUUUCUUUUUAACUUA